UUUAUAAAGGCAGAUAUCGACUCUGCGGCUUGAGCAUGCUUUUGCGGCACAGUCGAUAGCGCGCCGAACCUCGUGCUAGAAGGUCGAGGUUUCUGUUAUGGGUGUAUAAACUGAUUGACUUCUGUUCUGGAUCGUCUUCAUUGCUGUAGUUCUACAAAUAUGUUUUUUCAACUCGUCUGCAUUCUAGUCUCCGUAUUCUCAGUCUCAGUGUGCGCAGCCUCAGUAGGGGAGAAGCUGGUUUCCUACACAUGUCAAGAGGGUACAAACACACUUGAAGCACCAUUUGGAGUAGUGGAUCCCCAAUGUGAUCAGAGCUGGACCACUAGCAAAAAGCCCAUUGCCUACUAUGAAAAUGGCAAAGGUGAAUGCAGUUUUUCAUGCGAAGAAGUGUUCUCUGGCAAAGUCAUCCUCCGUGAAUGUCCCAAUGUCACAUUAACUAUUGGUUGCACCACCAAGGAUGGGGUAUAUGAAGAGACCAGGCUGCACUUCUCAGCGAUAAGCAGACCAGCUGUCUCUAUGACAACCACUAACACUGCAAACAAUCAUAUCGCACAUUAUGGGAUAAGUGUCAGCAACCAAGCUUUGCCUCCGAAAACUGCCAGCACUGCCUCUACAAACGUUCAACAUGCUCAUUAUGGAAUAAUUAUAUUCUCGGUCCUGUCACCUCUGGUUAUUGUGAUCAGCGUGAUCAUCAGCCGUUACUGCAGAUCUCGUCCAAAUGAAGUGAUGCAGGAGACGUUGGCAGUCUUUUCACCUAAGACAGGAAGGAGAAAAGCCAUAGAUCUUUUUUGGUGAAAAUGUGUUCUUGCUGCUAACAUUUGAAACUGCACUGCCUCACAAUGCUGGGACAUAUAGCUAGUGUUGUAGUAUUAAUGUAGUAACAAGUAUUUCCAAUCUAUUUAUUGCUGACAGAUGUAUAAGUGUAAAAUGAGGAAAGUAUGGUAUUUCUAGGUAUGCCAACAGUACAGUAAUUGUUACACUGUACAUUGCCAUUUCUCUCUUACAUAUUUGUGAAAACUGUUAAUAUGACAGUUAGCUACAGUAGAUGGUAGCGAUGCCAAGCAGUAACAGAAAGCACUCAAUGUUCAUCAGUUCACCUUGGGCUUGGAAGUGAUGAAAUGAACCAGCAAUUGGCGACUUACUCGUCUGAAAUCCUAAUGCUAUUGAGUAAGGUACUCAACCUGUGGGACCAGUGUCUAUGGCAAGACUUGAAAAUGGCUGUCUAGCCAUGAUCAACAACCAACUUGACAGAGCUUGAAGAAUUUUAAAAAUAAUAAUGUGCAAAUGUUGUACAAUCCAGGCGUGCAAAGCUCUUAAGAGACUUACCCUGAAAUCGCUGCCAGAGGUGAAGCUAACAUAUACUUAUGUAAAUGACAUAUAUCUGUAUUUAAUUUAUUCUAAAAACAGGUUUUACAUUUGUCACUGUGGGGUAUUGUGUGUAGAUGGGUGAGAGAAAAAAAUCAGGCUGUCACAACAAAAUGUGGAAUAAGUCGACAGUGCCUAAAGUAUUCAUACCUAUCGAUUUUAGAGAUGCAGUAACAGAAAGUGUUCAAGGUUAAUCGUUCAUCUUGGGCUUGGAAGUGAUGAAAUGAGCUGGCAAUUGGAGAGUUACUGGUCUGAAAUCCUAAUGCUGUUGUGGUAUGAGAAAGGUGCUGUGGGACCAGUGUCAAAAUUAGCAAGGAUACAAAUGUUAAAAGCAUUUUAUUAUUGGUUGAUAUCACAUUUCAUGGAGACUUACCAAACAUCUGUUAUUCUAAUUCUUCUUAUAUUAACUGACAAACUGAAUUUGAUACACUAGUAUUACAUGAUCUGCAAAUAAGCUCUAUUUCUUUUUUAGGUCUGUUGCUUUGCAUUUGUAUGCAUUUAACAACUGCUAACCAUGUGUAUGUGACCAAUAACAUUUGAUAUGAUUUAAUUCUGUUAAGAUUAUUAUUAUUAUUGUGAAAUAAUGUGUUGUGUGCUAUGAUCACACGGGUGUCAUGAAAAAAUGUCACUGUUAUUGUAUAUGACCCAUAUCCAUGCACUCCUCAUGUCAAACCUGUCCUGUGAUAUGGUGAUGCAAUAAAAAAACCAAUAUUUAGUUCUAUAGUAUUACAUUUUUUAAGCUACAUGGAAUUUUGUAAAGGAUUUUCAAUGUUUAGAUCAGUGGUGUAAAGUACUUUAGGCCAGGCAACACAGGUGAAUAGGCAUUUUUUUAAAGUCUUUAGUCUCAUCAGACUGAAACUUUACCAGUUGAAAGUAUACAUAAAUCCAAGAUAUUAUUGUAUUACAAGUUCUAAUUAUUUUAAAAUAAAAUAUGCAAAUGAGGCAAACCGUCCUUAAAUAUGCACUCAUUUGCAUAUUACGAGAAUCAGUUUUUUUUAACACAUUGCUUCAAGGUAGAAUGUUUUUUUUUUAUUAUUGUGAUAAAACAUUCAAUGGUCAGACUUAUGGAUCAGUUCAUCAAAAUAUUGUCAUUUCAUGGAAUUCUUUAAACACUUUGCAUGUAUGACGGGUGAAUAUUUUGCAUAUAUUUAAACAAAAUGACACAAGAUUAAAGAUAUUUUUUUUUUAAACUCAAAGUCUGACUAUAAGACCUAAGAACCUGUGUGUGGAAUAAUGUGAAUGUACGUCCUUUGAAGACUGAGAAAAAUGAAUUGGCGCACCGGGAACAUGUCAUUUUGAGAAAAUGGCCGAUACAGAUAGGCUAAUGGAAUUAAAAUGUACUUUCCAUAAAUAUAAUCAUUUGUCACAUUAAUUAAAAAUAAACAAAAUAUACCUUUUAUGUUUCAAGCAA